AUGCUUGUUUGGCAUCAUGGAUCAGCACUUCAGCCUUGUAAAUGCCCACUAUGCCGUCGUUAUAUCACUUUGUUGGUUCCAAGUGAGGCUUCAUUAAGGCAGGCUGACAGACCAGAGGUGGCUGAGAUUCUAGGCAGAGUUGAAAGGUACAAUCGUUAUUUUGGAGAUCAUCCCAGAAGUCUUAUUCAGAGAGGGCAGGACCUUCCUUUUUUCCUGCGGAGGCUGCUGCGAGAACUAAUUGAUCCUAAUAGAUCUCUUCCUCCUCGUAGGAUGGCUCAGAUCUGUUUUGCAAUGAUAUUGUUAGCAAUCUACCUAGUCAGUCCUGUUGACCUUAUUCCGGAAGCAAUCUUUGGUUUACUUGGUUAUGUGGAUGAUUUCUUCGUGGCGCUCGUCAUCUUGUUUAAUCUUGCUGCCAUUUCUCGGUCGAUACUCUAUCACCGUCAUGGAGGUUCCUGA